ACUCCACAAGGGGUAUGUCUUAUGACGCCACAUUGACCUAAGCCUUCAGAUACAUAGUAGGUACAUUUAGUUAUUAGACAUUGAAACUACGAACUACAUCACCAGAAUUCCACACCUUGUCAACUCCCACUUCAUCACGCGAAAAUGGGGCUCGUCGACUACUCAGAUUCUGAAUCCGACUCCGAAACCGUCACCAAGCCCGCACCCCCCUCGCAGCCGGUAGCAGCUUCAGCUCCAGCAGCAGCAGCUAGCGGCAAGAAACCCUUCCAGAAGGUCGUCGACCGAGCGAAACCGGGCAAGAUCCUCGUCAACCUCCCCCAGAGCUCAUCUAGUCGUGACGAGAUCAAACCUUCAGAUACCAGCAAUGAGCCACCCCCAAAACGCGCCCGUGUUGCGGGUAGAGGAGGAGGCGCGUUUAGCGGCUUUAACUCAUUCCUCCCAGCUCCAAAGAACGUCGGAAAGCCUGCGGCGGCGGUGGCGAGUAGUAGCGGGACACCAGCGCCGAGACCUGGUAUUAAUCUAAAGACUGGCGCUACACCUGGUUUCAGUAGGGAGGUAGAGAGAAAUGAAGAAGGCGGUUCAAAUGAGGCGCAAACGGGGCGAGAAGAUGCAGAACCGGCAAUGAAACAACCCUCUAUACCCGCCGAGCAAAAGCCAGCAGACGAAGUCAAGCUAGUCGGCAAACCACUGAUGUUCAAGCCAUUAUCAGUGUCGCGAAAACCAGGAAAGAAGAGCGCGACCAAACCAAAAACCACCACUACCUCUACCCCAUCCACAUCCACACCGCCAGCUCCUCUGCCAAGCGAGGAAUCAAAACCGAAGGACACAGAAAAAGCAGAACCACCUCCGAAGAGGCAGAAGAUAUCGCUCUUCUCCAUAUCCGACGAACCAGACACAGACCCAGUAGAAACCCACACAUCUAAUAACACCGGCGUCUACGAACCCAUGUUCAGCACCCCCAGCACCAACACCACAGUCGACGACUUCGCCGCCUACGACGCGCAAUUCGCCGCGUCCCCCAGCGCCCCAGCCCCCAUGCCGUCCAGCGGCUCUUCGGCGGACACCCUAGACGCCAUAGCGGCCGACAUGAACCUAUCGGCGGCGGCGCGGCGGGAGCUCUUCGGGCGCGGCGGCGAGCCCUCGGGCGGCAGCCGCGUGGUGCGCUUCGACACGGACCGCGAGUACGCGCACAACGAGGCCCUGCGCGCCUCGGGCCAGCUGCAGCCGACGUACAACCCGGUGCGCUCCCUCGCCCCCGGCAAGCACAGCCUCCGCCAGCUCGUCACCCAGGUCCAGAGCCAGCGCGAGGCCCUCGAGGAGAGCUUCGCUAAGGGCCACGGGAAUCGCAAGGAGGCGAGCUCGAAGUACGGGUGGCGGUGAUUCUGUCUACUUUUUUCGGCGCCUUUUUCUCGCGCCGUAUCUUGUCUGAAGAGAGGAGAGGUGGAAGAAAGAGAGAGGAAAAAAAGGGGGGGAGGUAUACUUUCCCUAGGUUUAUUUCAGGUUUACUUACACAUGUUGUAUUGUAUGUCAUACAUGCAUCCCUACGCACGGGAGAAAUUGGGGAGUUUGGGAAUACCAUCGUCCGGGUUAAUGAAAGAAUAGGCAGCGCGGUAUAUUUGCACGGGUAUAAAAUCAUGGUCUGUUGGGGCGCUCAUCCAGUUCGAUUACCUAGAGGGUGUGAAAUGAAAGGGUAUAUCAUAAACAAACUAUUUCCGUACCCAUUCCCAUUGUCUCUCUCCUAUCGUGCAUUCAUUACUGAUAAAGUAUGGAUACGCCAGUCCUAAUAUGAAUAUAUAUACCUAUAUAUACAACACCAAGAACCUUAAUCAUCGGCCUGCUAUUUACAUAGCCUUAAGUAGGUAAACAUGCAUA